AUGCAACUGGCUUUCCUCUCACUCAUCCUGAUCACUGUACAAGUGUCUGUCCCGGUGGAUUGUACAAUGAGGCUGCAGGACCCAGAGCAACUUUUACCUCAGCAGAGCAGCUCCAGCACAGGAGGACAUGCAGAUGCAUCCAGCGGUACGACGCGUUUCCACUUGGGGCUGAGCGGGUCGAGGCGAAAAGGCAUUCACAGACACUUUCUGGUUACUUUGCCAGUAAGAACAGACACAAGCAACUUUGUGUCAAUAUUUGAUUUGAGAAGAAGACGGUUCCUCUGUAUGGACAGGAAGGGACAGCUGUACAGCUCUAGGCAAAAGGACAGAGAAGAUUGUCUCUUCCAGCGCAUUUGGCUCGAUUUGGCAAAUCAUCACGACGUGCUUUAUUCUAUAAGCGGGGCCCGGCUACUUAAACUGGAGGGAGGCGUGCCGCGAGUUGCUCGCCGGGAGCCACCCGAGCCCUCCUCAGCCCUGGUGGAGAGGUUCCUGGGUCCCUUGGUCAAGAGACGGAGGAGGAGUGAGGAGGUGAACCCCUCCGAUCCGUUAAGAUCACAGUCACAUCCCUCACAUUCGGCCAAGGAUCACAAGGAUGCAGCUCACGGGCAGCCUGAACAAGACCAGGCCGGCGCUGUGUCCAAAGAGACCAUCACCUCCUGUGAUGACCCCCUGCGGGUCCUACAGCCCAACGGGCCUGUCAGUCCUGUCAAGACUAAUAUUGUAGACCGGGCAGUACAAGACUAA